GGUCCCGAGCCUCCCGCCGGCUGCGCCCGAGUCCGAAGGCGCUGCGCCGCGGGGCCGGGCCCAUGUGCGUGCGGCCCGUUCCAGGCCGUCCGCACUUCACCUCUGCGAGCGUCCGGGCCUCCCUCGGGCCUCGGAGGAGCCGCCGCGACCCCCAGCCUGCGGGGCAGGUAAGCCAGCCAAAAUUCUUCCCUGAAUGAAAGUAUCUUUUUUUAAAGCUGCAUAUACACAAAAGAAAAACCCAAAUGCUUUUUAUUUUGCCUGAAUACAAGAUUUAAACAAGAUACUGCCAUAGAAGCUUUGUGGUCACCAUCAUGUUCUGGAAAUUUGACUUGAAUACCACAUCCCACGUUGACAAGCUCCUCGACAAGGAACAUGUGACACUGCAGGAGUUAAUGGAUGAAGAUGACAUCCUGCAGGAGUGUAAGGCUCAGAACCAGAAGCUGCUGGACUUCCUGUGCAGGCAGCAGUGCAUGGAGGAGCUGGUGAGCCUCAUCACACAGGACCCCCCCCUGGACAUGGAAGAGAAGGUCCGAUUCAAAUAUCCAAACACAGCCUGUGAGCUUCUGACUUGUGAUGUGCCGCAGAUCAGCGACAGGCUAGGCGAGGAUGAGAGUCUGCUGAACCUUCUGUAUGACUUCCUGGACCAGGAGCCGCCACUCAACCCUCUGCUUGCCAGUUUCUUCAGCAAGACCAUUGGCAAUCUUAUUGCAAGGAAGACUGAACAGGUGAUCAUGUUUUUGAAGAAGAAGGACAAGUUUAUCAGUCUGGUGCUGAAGCACAUAGGCACCUCAGCUCUCAUGGACCUGCUGCUGCGCCUGGUCAGCUGUGUGGAACCAGUUGGUCUUCGACAGGAGGUCCUACACUGGCUUAAUGAAGAGAAAGUCAUCCAGAGACUUGUGGAAUUGGUCCAUCCCCACCAGGAUGAAGAUAGGCAGUCAAAUGCUUCUCAGGCACUCUGUGACAUCAUCAGGCUGGGCAGAGACCAGAGCAGUCAGCUGCAGGAGGCUGUGGAGCCAGACCCCCUCCUCAUAGCAUUGGAGUCGCAGGACUGUGUGGAGCAGCUUCUGAAGAACAUGUUUGUUGGGGAUCAGACGGAAAGCUGCCUGGUCAGUGGGAUGCAGGUGCUGCUUGCCUUGCUGGAGCCAAGGCGUGUUGGAACAGAAGGCGUGGUGGACUCCUUUUCUCAGGGACUGGGAAGACCAUACUCUGUCAGCAGCAGCAUCCUGCAGGGCAUCGAGCCAUGGCUGAAGAAUUUCCAUCAGCUUCUGCUCAACCCGCCAAAGAAAAAAGCAAUCCUGACCACUAUUGGUGUGCUAGAGGAGCCUCUGGGAAAUGCUCGUCUUCAUGGUGCACGCCUUAUGGCUGCACUGCUGCACACAAACACGCCCAGCAUCAACCAGGAACUCUGCCGGCUCAACACCAUGGACUUACUGCUGGACUUGUUUUUUAAGUACACCUGGAAUAACUUUUUGCACUUCCAAGUGGAGCUAUGCAUAGCCGCUAUUCUCUCCCAUGCUGCUCGGGAGGAGCAGGCCGAAGCUAGUGGAUCGGAUGGCAAGGUGGAGCCUCUGCAGGGGAGUAGAGAUGGGAGUGGGAAGCUGGAGACGCCCCCAACCAUCACCAGCCUUCCUGAGAACACGAUGGUGACCCAUCUGUUCCAGAAGUGUUGCCUGGUACAGAGGAUCCUGGAAGCCUGGGAAGCCAACGACCACACACAGGCAGCAGGUGGCAUGAGACGUGGGAAUAUGGGCCACCUCACAAGGAUCGCCAAUGCAGUCGUGCAGAACCUGGAGCAGGGCCCGGUGCAGACGCACAUCAGUGAAGUCAUCCAAGGGCUCCCUGCAGAUUGCCGUGGGCGCUGGGAGAGCUUUGUUGAAGAGACGCUGAUGGAGACCAACCGCAGGAACACUGUGGACCUGGUGAGCACUCACCACCUUCACUCCUCAAGUGAGGACGAGGACAUUGAGGGUACUUUCCCUAACGAGAUGUCCCUUCAGCAGGCCUUCUCUGAAUACCAGAUCCAACAGAUGACAGCCAAUUUUGUGGAUCAGUUUGGCUUCAAUGAUGAAGAAUUUGCAGACCAGGAUGACAACAUCAAUGCCCCAUUUGACCGGAUUGCAGAGAUCAACUUCAACAUUGAAGCCGAUGAGGACAGUCCCAAUGCAGCUCUGUUUGAGGCCUGCUGCAGUGAUCGAAUCCAGCCCUUCGAUGAUGAUGAAGAGGAGGACAUUUGGGAGGAUGAGGAGACUCGAUCCACGGCCCGGGUGAUGGCCAGAGCCAGGUUUGGAGCCCCUCAUGUCUCAGAAAAUUACUCAAAGAAUGCCUUGGAGCAUGGAGGCCAGGACAGGAAGGCUGGCUCCUCAGCAGCUAGGAAUGUGCCUGGACUGGCCACUCCUUCAUCCCCUACACAGAAAGAAGGUCCUCGCUCAGAGAGUGAUUCAGCAGGUACUACAUGGACAGCAGUUUUUGAUGAGCCAGUGAACCCGAUGUCUGCAGCCCCAGGAGCUGCAAGGGAUGUGGGUUCUAGUGUUUGGGCAGCUGGUCCCUCAGCUCCAGAGGAGAAAGGCUGGGCCAAAUUCACCGACUUCCAGCCUUUCUGCUGCUCUGAGUCAGGGCCCCGGUGCAGUUCUCCUGUGGAUAUGGACCAUAGCCAUGCUGAGGGUGGCCAGAGUCCAGGCCCAGAGAAAGCCUUUGGCCCUACCUCGCCUUGUGCCUGGAACGUGUGUGUCACUAGGAAGGCCCCACUGGUAGCAUCUGACAGCAGCUCCUCGGGGGGAUCUGACAGUGAAGAUGAUGAGAAGGCAGCGGGCACUGUGGAAGCUGUGUGCACAGGUCAUGGUGGAAAGGCCUCCCCACUACCCAGGACAGAGGAGGCUGCUGCUGGCAGGGCUGAGUGUACUAACAGCACCGUGUUAGCCCCUGCCUGCUCUGCAUCUUUAGAAGUGACCGUCGGUCCUGCUGUGGCCACCACAGCACCAAGCAAGACAGGCCCUCCCACAGCCACCAUAGUCGUCUCUUCCUCAGUGGCUGUUGCAGUCCCCCCAGGGCCAAUCAUGGCAGUAACCACAACAGCCCCAGCCAUAGUUGCCACCCUGGGGACAAUGACAAAGGACAGGAAGACAGAAACCCUGCCAGAAGGAGCUGCCUUAAAUGGUCCUGUGUAACUGCUGCCACCCAGCUAUGGCCUGCCCCGGUCAGGCUGCUUCCUUAAUCAAGAAAACUACCUGGUGAUGCAAAUAUUUUUUUGUUUUGUUUUUUUAAUUUAAGUUUAAAAUAAAUGCUGCAUUUGGUAAAGCUGGCAGUGGAACCAGUUGGAUGACCCAACUCAUGUCUCUCCUGCCUGCCCUUGGUCCCGUUGGAAGACAGGACGCACCUGGCCACUCCCAGGUCCAGGUUUUGGUAUGGCAGUGAGGUCCCUGGUAUGAAGUUUGCACCUGCAGGAUUGGGGAGGGAACAAGAAAGACCCUGAGGUGCCAGCACUAUCAGAUGGGCAGGAAAGGUGAGCUCUCCCAGCUCUG